AUGAGAGAUUGUGAAUCCGAGGCUAGUCAGAAGGAUCUCAAACCCAUAGCUUUAGCAUGCAUGAGCGCUCCCCGGAUAGCCAUAGAUUCCGCCAUUAGAGGUGAAAAGAUGUUUGAAGAUGUCGUAGAUCCUUGGAGGAAAGUACGAUUCCCUGAUCCCGGAAGAGCCAGCCCAGACCCGCUUCCUGAGAGUUCUCUCGCCAAGCGGCAUCGGUGA